UUUGGGGCGUCAUGGCGAGCUACUUCGAUCUGGAUGAUAUCCUCGCGGAGGAAGAGCCUGUAGGAGUGCAGUUCCGCGUCGCGGCCGCUGGAGUAGGGAUCCUAGAUCCGAGCGCGGAAGAAAACCAGGUAGAGGUAGGAUCCAAAGUCGAGCUUCCCUUUUGGCUGGCGCAGGAGCUUUGGUACAGCCAAGCCGUGUCGUUAAAACUCCCAAACUUCUACAAUGAACGCAUUCGAAAGGAAGUUAAAGCGGAUCCCGGAUGUGUCGAUUUGCGAAGCAGGUGUCCUUACUUCUACGAGCUUGGCUGCAAGUUGGUCCCGCUCGCUCAAGAUGCGACACUCGGUUCGUUCCUCAUGUUUUCCCUCCGCGGCCGCUACAGGGAUUUGCUGUGCAAAUCACACACUGCCGCCGGUACUGUGACGCCCAAGUUCUUGGCGCGUCUCACGAGAGAAGAAACUCGACUGUUUGAGGCUGGCGCGGAGUCCAUGAAAGCGUUUAGAAAGUGGCGGCUGGAGGGGACCCGGCUAGAGAAAGCUCCGGUUUUGGGAAAGAAGCGACGUCCUACCAGUGAUACGCCGGAAAACACUUGAGCACGAACCAGAACUUUUUCUCUCUCAUGUCAGUGGUAACUGUCAACGAAAUCCCGUGGUCUGCUUUCCAACGGCCGUGGGAACGGAAUGUGCUGAAGCCGCAGAAUAUACUCGUGGUUUUCCAGCA